CUUGCCCUAAUGUCUAUUAUUCACCCAAUCUUACAUCACAAAAUCGCGGAAUUGAAAAUCAUCUACGAUUUCCUGUUAAUUACUCUGGUAAAAUGAGCGAUCGUGGUGCUGAAAGGAGAGUUACCAUACGAAACAACCAUGGUGAGAAUCUCUUGGGGAUCUUGCACAAUUCAGCUUCAGUUUCGCUUGUUAUCGUGUGUCAUGGCUUCCAAUCUUCCAAGGAAAGGAUUCCCAUGGUGAAUCUUGCUGAUGCUCUGCAAAAAGAUGGAGUCAGUGCUUUCCGCUUUGACUUUUCUGGAAAUGGGGAAAGUGAAGGUUCAUUUCAAUAUGGUAACUACUACAAAGAGGUUGAAGAUCUGCGAGCUGUAGUUCAAUACUUCCGUGAGCAGAAAUAUGUAAUUACAGCAAUUAUUGGUCAUAGUAAAGAGGGUAAUGUAGCUCUCUUUUAUGCCUCAAAAUAUAAGGAUAUUCAUAUUGUUGUCAAUAUAUCUGGUCGUUUCAAUCUAGUGAGAGGCAUGGAAGGUCGUUUGGGCAAAAGAUUUAUGCAAAAGAUCAAGCAAGAUGGAUAUAUAGAUGUAAAAAAUAAAAGAGGGAAGAUUAUGUAUCGUGUUACAGAAGAAAGUUUAAUGGACCGCCUUUCUACUAUAACCCAUCUUGACUGCCUAUUGAUUCCCCAAGAUUGCAGGGUGUUGACAAUUCAUGGAUCCAUGGAUGAAACUGUACCUGCAGAAGAUGCUUUAGACUUCGAUAAAUUCAUAUCUAAUCAUGAAUUGUGCAUCAUAGAAGGAGCUGAUCAUGAGUUUUCUUCUCAACAAGAUAAGUUGAGCAGCUUAGUUUUGGAAUUCAUCAAGACUCAUGCAGAUAAAGACAAAGAUACAUCAAAGCAGGCAAAGAUUCAUUCUCGGUUAUAGUUCUUGCAAAAUAUGGGGAUCCAGUAUUUCUCUUCAAACCAUUUUUCUUGCAAACGAAGACACAUUCUUGAUAAAUAGAAGAACAAGAAAGAUGGGCAAACCUCUCCCAUUUCUAACAUCCAACCCUUGCCUACCUGACAGUCAAUAAUUAGCAUUUGUCAGAGUUAUAGAAGAUUGACAAAUGCAACACAAGUUUCUCACUUUUGGAACUCAAUAACAUCAUUAUAGGCACAUGCCAGGUUGCAUGUUGUCAAUGUAAGCUGUUCUCUU